AUGAUUAAGUGGCUGCGUGGCCUAGUGAACCAUGGUGGAUCCACUGAAUCCCCCAGUGCUAAGGCUUCAGAAAAGAAGAAAGUGAAAACUGAGGACCCCCAUGGCCCAGCCAUGAGAGCCCAGCUGCCACACACACCCCCUGGCCAGCAGUUGGUAUCACAGGAAUCUGACAAGCUGCUAACAUUAGGGGAGAGUAUUGUCAAGGGGACAGAUAUCCAGGAAUCUGAUGUUAGAAAUCCUCACAGCACAGCUAACACCAACAUCAUCCUCACAGCUAACACCAACAUCAUCCUCACAGCUAACACCAACAUCAUCCUCACAGCUAACACCAACAUCACACCAACAUCAUCCUCACAGCUAACAUCCUCCACACAGCUAACACCAACAUCAUCCUCACAGCUAACACCAACAUCAUCCUCACAGCUAACACCAACAUCAUCCUCACAGCUAACACCAACAUCAUCCUCACAGCUAACACCAACAUCAUCCUCACAGCUAACACCAACAUCAUCCUCACAGCUAACACCAACAUCAUCCUCACAGCUAACACCAACAUCAUCCUCACAGCUAACACCAACAUCAUCCUCACAGCUAACACCAACACCACGACCAAAUUUGACACCAACAAAACCAUCAUCAUUGCUCACAAAGCUGGCACCAGAAACAACCUUGAAUGAGUCAGUAACAAACAAUGGUCAAGAAAAUUAUGAUUUAAAAACUGACAUCAAGGAAAAUAGACUAGAGACUGGCUCAGGCUUGAUGAAUGGCCAAGUAAAUGAUCUCAGUUUGCUUGAGACUGCACCAAAGUCAGCUAAUGCCGAUGUAGAGGAUCCUAACAUAUGCACUAAUCCUUACCCCUGUUGCUACCAUUCCACCUGUGUGUAUUGUUACAGUGGACAGUUAUGUACCGUGCUGGGAGAGCGUUACAUUUUAUCACGGCUAGAGGGAGUGUUGGUACUAGUCUUCAUUGUUUUAAAAACAUCUAGUGACCAAACAUCAUUCUGCAGAGUAUUAUGGAAAGGGGAUAAUCCCAUUCCACUGUCACAAGUUCCAGAUGGUACCCGAGUUCACUUUGAUGCCAUCACCUCCCCCAGCAAUGAGCGUCUACAAGCAGUGGUCAUCUGGCAAGACAAGAAACCCACCAUAUGUGUUGAACCCGAUGAUGACCAGACGUUCGUGAUUAUCGAUGGUCGGGGUUUUGUUUGUGAAACAGAUUUUGUGGACACUGUUAAAAGAAGUAUCAGGGUGAGGUUUGAUGGUGAUUUAGUUGAUGCAGAAGUUUGUAAGGAUGUUUUAUUUAUGAAUGGAGAGAAAUCAGAGAUGACUCAACUAUGUAACAAUGAUUUGCAUGUUGUGUAUGCUACAGUAUUCAAGUUAUUAAAUGGUGACAUGGGUGGCAGUGUGAGUUAUGUGUGCACAUGUCUGUGGACUGGGCAGAGGCCUCCAAUAAAUAAAUUGCCCAUGAAUUUUCAACGAAGAAAGAGCUACGUUAAAAAAUCACAUGGCUUUUAUGUAGAAGCAAAUAGCAAGUUUACACUGUAUUGUGAUAUAGUGUCCACUCUGAGCAUAUCAAAAGAUAUUUGUAAACUGUCAGUGACAAUUGAUGACAGCAAGAUGUUACUGCUAUGUACAAGAGAACAAAUAUACACAAAUAUUAAGUGUAAAGUAAUUCUGAACUCAAAAGAAAUUUCAAAGGCACAUAUAUUAAAACGAGAGAAUAAGAAUGGAAUAAUCUCAUGGGCUGUGGUGAUGUUAAAUCUUUCCUUACCCUCAAGUACAGUGGGGAGUUCAUGUGUUCAGACAGAAGCACAAGCUAAAGAACAAGUGGCAGGGGAGGAAAUUAAUGGACACCCAAGGAAUUCAAAAAGACAAGGUAAAGAAAACACGGAGAUCAAUUUUACAGAAACAAAUGAUUUUUUGCUUGACAGUACUAAAAUAAAACCAAAAACAAGCACCAGCAGCCUGACUAGUCAAGAGAGGCCACAGACCAGUAGCACCAGCAGCCUUACUAGUCAAGUGAGGCCACAGACCAGUAGCACCAGCAGCCUUACUAGUCAAGUCAGGCCACAGACCAGUAGCACCACCAGCCUCACUAGUCAAGUGAGGCCACAGACCAGUAGCACCAGCAGCCUUACUAGUCAAGUGAGGCCACAGACCAGUAGCACCAGCAGCCUUACUAGUCAAGUGAGGCCACAGACCAGUAGCACCACCAGCCUCACUAGUCAAGUGAGGCCACAGACCAGUAGCACCAGCAGCCUCACUAGUCAAGUGAGGCCACAGACCAGUAGCACCAGCAGCCUUACUAGUCAAGUGAGGCCACAGACCAGUAGCACCAGCAGCCUCUUUAGUCAAGUGAGGCCACAUACCAGUAGCACCAGCAGCCUCACUAGUCAAGUGAGGCCACAGACCAGUAGCACCAGCAGUCUUACUAGUCAAGUGAGGCCACAGACCAGUAGCACCAGCAGCCUCACUAGUCAAGUGAGGCCACAGACCAGUAGCACCACCAGCCUCACUAGUCAAGUGAGGCCACAGACCAGUAGCACCAGCAGCCUUACUAGUCAAGUGAGGCCACAGACCAGUAGCACCACCAGCCUCACUAGUCAAGUGAGGCCACAGACCAGUAGCACUAGCAGCCUUACUAGUCAAGUGAGGCCACAGACCAGUAGCACCACCAGCCUCACUAGUCAAGUGAGGCCACAGACCAGUAGCACUAGCAGCCUUACUAGUCAAGUGAGGCCACAGACCAGUAGCACCACCAGCCUCACUAGUCAAGUGAGGCCACAGACCAGUAGCACCAGCAACCUUACUAGUCAAGUGAGGCCACAGACCAAUAGCACCACCAGCCUCACUAGUCAAGUGAGGCCACAGACCAGUAGCACCACCAGCCUCACUAGUCAAGUGAGGCCACAGACCAAUAGCACCACCAGCCUCACUAGUCAAGUGAGGCCACAGACCAGUAGCACCAGCAGCCUUACUAGUCAAGUGAGGCCACAGACCAGUAGCACCAGCAGCCUCACUAGUCAAGAGAGGCCACAGACCAGUAGCACCAGCAGCCUCACUAGUCAAGUGAGGCCACAGACCAGUAGCACCAGCAGCCUCACUAGUCAAGUGAGGCCACAGACCAGUAGCACCAGCAGCCUUACUCGUCCCAAUACCAUUAAACCUAAUUUAGGUUACUUAACAUGUGGAGUUGUUAAAACUCAUUCUGAUAUGAUCAUUGUAAGGGCUUUGGGAAAUUUUAUAUUGGUUUUCAAGAGAGACUUAUUCAUAAACAAGGAGAAAGUUGGUAAAGCUAUAAGUUUGACAACAGAACUAAAGAAGUUUAAAUGUUUAGGGGUAAUAUUUUAUAAAAAUCAAAAGCCCAUAGAAGUCUGGGGACAUAAGGUUAGACAUAUUGCUGUCAUAGCUUGGGCAGGCAAAAAACCUGAUACUGCAGAUGAUAUUGUUGAAGCUUGGAAACCUCAGCCAAUUAAGAUGUGGCAACCUGAAUAUGACUUCAGCUAUUCAAAAGUACCUGGAGAAAAUACACCUGUCAAGCAUGAAAUAUUUGAGGCUUCAUGUAACAUUGUCAGUGUUAGCAGAGGCACUGGAAGAGUUGUGGUCCGUAGCAAACAUAUAGAAGGAGGUACUGGAGAGGCAGUAGUAAGUCUCUCUAACAUGUACCUGGAUAGACAACCAGUUACCAAGACACAACUUGAAACCUAUCCUUCAAGUCUGGCAUGGAACUGCUUAUUUGGCCAUUCUUCGCUUAAAACAAAAGAUGGAAAAUCCAGGUAUGUUGUAACUUUGGCAUGGAGAGGAGGGAAGCCAAAUUCAUAUUCUUCUUCGUCCUUAAAGGAUGAGGAGACUUCUCUCCUGCACUCUAGAAGCAUAAACAAUAUCAGCAGUCAAGUGUGGACACAGACCAGUAGCACCAGCAGCCUCACUAGUCAAGUGAGGCCACAGACCAGUAGCCUCGCUAGUCAAGUGAGGCUACAAACUAGUAGCACCAGCAGCCAUACUAGUCAAGUGAGGCCACUAACCAGUAGCACCAGCAGCCUCAGUAGUCAAGUGAGGCCACAGACCAGUAGUGACAAUAAUAAUGUUUCUGUUCAAAAGGCUUUAGAAUAUAUGACAUGUAUCAUGAUUGAAGCUCAAGCUUGCAUGGCCAUCCUAAGAGCUACAGAGAAAUUGAUACUGGUUUUCAGGGAAGACUGUUUCAUACACAAUGAGCAACUUGAUGACUCGGCAAAUUUGAAAGAUGUGCUACAAAGGCUCGAUGCUUUUGGAGCAUUAAUUUAUGAAGCUAAGCAUCCCAUGGAGAUCUGGGGUCACACAGUAAAAUAUAUUUCAGUAAUGGCAUGGUUCGGCAAAAAACCAACUGCUGCAGGUGAAAUUGUCAAAACUUGGAAUCUUCAGUCUGAUGCAUUGGAGCAUCAUAAAUACAAAUCUCUUUUGUCAAAAAUGCGAAAAAAUAUGCCUGUCAAGUAUUUAACCCAUCAAGCCAGCUGUACAAUUGUCAAUGUCACUCGGAGAACUGGAACAGUUAAGGUCCGUAGCAAAUAUGUAGAAGGAGGUACUGGAGCGGCAGUGGUAAGUCUCGAUAACAUGUACCAAGAUGGAUUACCAGUUAGCAAGAAAAAGGUCGAGUCAUCACCCUCAGGUCAGAUAUGGCACUGCUUGUUUCAGCAAAAUUCUUCACACAAAGCAAAUAGUGGACAACCCAAGUUUGUAGUAACUCUUGCAUGGCAAGGAAAAAAGCCAAUUUCAAGUUCUUCACCUUCAAAAGUCGGGGAGACUCGGCUCUGCCACUCCAGUAGCACCAGCAGCCUUACUAGUCAAGUGAGGCCACAGACCAGUAGCACCAGCAGCCUCACUAGUCAAGUGAGGCCACAGACCAGUAGCACCAGCAGCCUUACUAGUCAAGUGAGGCCUCAGACCAGUAGCACCAGCAGCCUCACUAGUCAAGCGAGGCCACAGACCAGUAGCACCACCAGCCUUACUAGUCAAGUGAGGCCUCAGACCAGUAGCACCAGCAGCCUCACUAGUCAAGCGAGGCCACAGACUAGUAGCAACAGCAGCCUCACUAGUCAAGCGAGGCCACAGACUAGUAGCAACAGCAGCCUCACUAAUGAAUGUGAGGAACAACCUAGGAGAAAGAAUCGAAAGCGUAAUAAAAACAAAACUUCAGUUGAAGCAACAAAUGUUGGAACCGAGGUGACAAAAGACAGACAGCCAAGAUCUGCUGCCAAGGGACGAAUUACAGAUCUUCAUUCUUUUCAUGGACAAUUGCAAAUCAACAAUGGCAGUACCUUGUACUUUUCUCGUGAUCACUGCUAUCUAUAUGGUCUGCGUUUACACCAGGUGGAGCUCUGGUACAUCCUCACUCUUGGUAUGGAGGCUGAGUACGAGUUGAGUGCAGAUGCAGCAGGUACACAAAGAUUGUUGGGUGUGUGGGUGGAGGGCAAGGAACACCCUCCACCUGCCACUCUUGGCUCACUACUGACCUCCUGGUGUCUUCAGAACAGUGUUCCACAUACUGCUUCACAAAUUUUGUUCACUGAAGCAGAAUCAUUAUCACCAAAUUUGUUUCCAACGACUGGAGAUGAUGGAGACAUGGAGACAGUGAAUAUUGGGCAAGACUGUAGCUAGCAGGAUAGCAAAAGUGGUUCCACACUGGUGGCCGAGCUCCUAGCCACACACCACAACUCCGUCCUCUUCUUCGAGCCUCUCUCUAACCCUCAAAUGAAGCCUUGCCUCCUGAACGGUACUUGUGUUAAGGAAUAUAUAUCCAGCAUCUU